AUGAACAUCAAGUUUGUUGCUAUACUCAUUGUAUCACUUCUAUGUCUGGCUCACUUUGCCGAGGCAGCCUCAAAGACCGGCAAGCUCCAGAUUGGCGUCAAGCAUCGUCCAGCAGAGUGCACUAGAAAGACAGCAAAGGGAGAUACUUUGAGGAUUCACUACACUGGUAGUUUGCUCGACAAUGGCGAGAAGUUUGAUUCGAGCCGUGAUCGUGGCACUCCAUUCGAGUUCACUCUUGGUUCAGGUCAAGUGAUCAAGGGAUGGGACCAAGGUCUCAUGGGCAUGUGCGUUGGUGAGAAGAGAAAGCUGACCAUUCCACCCAACCUUGGAUAUGGAGCUCAAGGCGCUGGUGGAAAGAUCCCAGGCAAUGCUUAUCUGGUGUUUGACACUGAGCUUGUUGAGAUUAUCCCUGGAAAGCCUGCUCCUGCUAAUGAGUAA